CGGAGGGGUCGGGAGCCGAGGGUGCGAGCUAGGGACGAGGACGAGCAGGCGAUGGGCGCCGGGGAGCCCCGAGAAGCCCCGACCCCGAGCCCGGCAGCGACGCCGUGACGCGCGGGGGGCUCCUCGCGGACCCCAAAAAGUCUUGCCAAAGGGCUGGCUGCUCGCUUGGAGGGACCCGGGGCCGGCGAUCGGACGCCCGUGAGACGGGCGGGAAACAAUGGACAGCUUCUUCCCCGAGGGGAGCCGGGUCUGGCUAAGGGAGAAUGGUCAGCACUACCCCAGCACCGUGAAUUCCUGCGCAGAGGGUGUGGUGGUCUUCCGCACUGACUAUGGACAGGUUUUCACCUACAAGCAAAGCACAAUUACUCACCAAAAGGUGACGGCCAUGCACCCCCUGGAUGAGGAAGGUGUGGACGACAUGGCCACACUCGCUGAGCUACACGGUGGUUCCAUUAUGCACAACUUACACCAGCGGUACAAAAGGAACCAGAUCUACACCUAUAUCGGCUCCAUCAUCGCCUCAGUGAACCCCUACAAGCCCAUCAAGGGCCUGUACGAACCCAGCACUGUGGAGUGCUACAGCCGGGCCCACCUCGGGGAGCUGCCCCCGCAUGUCUUUGCGGUGGCCAACGAGUGUUACCGCUGCCUGUGGAAAUGCCAGGACAACCAGUGCGUCCUCAUCAGUGGCGAGAGUGGAGCAGGAAAGACUGAGUGCACCAAACUGGUACUGCAGUUCCUGUCAGCCAUCAGCCAGCAGGCCCUGGAGCGCCCCCAGCAGGACACGGCACCCUGCGUGGAGCAGGCCAUCCUGGAGAGCAGCCCCAUCAUGGAAGCCUUCGGCAAUGCCAAGACCGUGUAUAACAACAACUCCAGCCGCUUUGGGAAGUUUGUGCAGCUCAACAUCGGCCAGAAGGGGAACAUUCAGGGCGGGAAGGUCGUAGAUUAUUUAUUAGAAAAAAACCGAGUCGUCAGGCAAAAUCCUGGGGAGAGGAAUUUCCACAUAUUCUAUGCACUGCUGGCAGGGCUGGGACUCCGGGAGAAAGAAGAAUUUUAUUUAUCUGUCCCAGAGAAUUACCACUACUUGAACCAGUCGGGCUGCCAGGAGGACAAAACGAUCAGCGACCAGGAGUCCUUUCGGGAAGUUAUUACGGCGAUGGAGGUGAUGGAGUUCCGACAGGAGGAAGUUCGGGAGGUGCUAAGGUUGCUGGCGGGCAUCUUACACUUGGGGAACAUUGAGUUCAUCACCGCAGGGGGCGCUCAGGUCUCCUUCAAAACCGCCUUGGUGAGGUCUGCAGACUUGCUGGGGCUGGACCAGGCACAGCUCACAGACGCCCUGACGCAGAGAUCCAUGUUUCUCCGCGGGGAGGAGAUCCUCACACCCCUCAGCGUGCAGCAGGCCAUCGAUAGCAGAGACUCUUUGGCCAUGGCACUUUACGCCUGCUGCUUCGAGUGGGUCAUCAAGAAGAUCAACAGCAGGAUUAAGGGCAAAGAGGAUUUCAAAUCCAUCGGCAUCCUGGACAUCUUUGGGUUUGAAAACUUUGAGGUUAAUCACUUUGAGCAAUUCAACAUAAACUAUGCAAAUGAAAAGCUGCAGGAAUAUUUCAACAAGCACAUUUUUUCUUUAGAACAACUGGAAUACAGCAGGGAAGGUCUAGUGUGGGAAGAUAUUGACUGGGUCGACAAUGGAGAGUGCCUGGACUUGAUCGAGAAGAAACUCGGCCUCCUGGCGCUGAUCAAUGAGGAAAGCCACUUCCCUCAAGCCACCGACAGCACCUUAUUGGAAAAAUUACACAAUCAACAUGCAAAUAACCAUUUUUACGUGAAGCCCAGAGUUGCAGUCAACAAUUUUGGGGUGAAACACUAUGCUGGAGAGGUUCAGUAUGAUGUUCGGGGCAUCUUGGAGAAGAACAGAGAUACUUUUAGAGAUGAUCUCCUCAACUUGUUGAGAGAAAGCAGAUUCGACUUCAUCUAUGACCUCUUUGAACACGUUUCCAGCCGCAAUAACCAAGAUACUCUGAAAAGUGGAAGUAAGCAUCGCAGGCCCACCGUCAGCUCCCAGUUCAAGGAUUCAUUGCAUUCCUUGAUGGCCACGCUAAGCUCCUCUAAUCCUUUCUUUGUCCGCUGCAUCAAGCCGAACAUGCAGAAGAUGCCAGACCAGUUUGACCAGGCCGUGGUGCUCAAUCAGCUGCGCUACUCGGGGAUGCUGGAAACGGUGAAGAUCCGCAAAGCUGGAUACGCUGUCCGGAGGCCCUUUCAGGAUUUCUACAAGAGGUACAAGGUGCUGAUGAGUGGUGCAGCGCUGUCCGGGGAUCUCCGUGCCGGCUGCUCAUCUCUUCUGCAGCUCUUUGACGCCUCCAACAGCGAGUGGCAGCUGGGCAAGACGAAGGUUUUCCUCCGAGAAUCCCUGGAGCAGAAGCUGGAGAAGAGGCGGGAGGAGGAAAUGGUUCGGGCAGCCAUGGUGAUCCAGGCCCAUGUGCUGGGCUACUUGGCACGAAAGCAGUACCGAAAGGUGCUGGGCUGUGCACUCAUCAUCCAGAAGAACUACCGCGCGGUGCUGGCCAGGAGGCGCUUCCUGCAGCUCAAGCAAGCAGCCGUGGUGUUGCAGAAGCAGCUCCGGGGCCAGCUGGCACGUCGAGUAUACAGACGGCUGCUGGCAGAGAGGCGAGAGGAGGAAGAGAAGAGGAGGCGGCAGGAGGAGGAGAGGUGAGUUCUUCUCCAGUGCAGGGAGGAGGCCCUUAGGGAACGGGAGAGGGCCAAGCAAGAGGCAGAGCUCCGUGCUCAGCAGGCCGAGCAGGCACGCCAGCAGCUGGAGCUGGAAACAGCACAGCAGAGGCAGCGAGAGGCAGAGCAGCAGAGCCGCGAGCUGGAGAAGCAGCAGGAGAACAAGCAGGUCGAGGAGAUCCUGAGGCUGGAGAAGGAGAUCGAAGACCUGCAGCGCAUGAAGGAACGGCAGGAGCUGUCACUGAAUGAGGCGUCCCUGCAGAAGCUGCAGCAGCUGCGGGAUGAGGAGCUUAAGCGUCUAGAAGACGAGGCCUGCCGCGCGGCCCAGGAGUUCCUGGAGUCGCUCAACUUUGACGAGAUUGACGAGUGCGUUCGCAACAUAGAGCGCUCGCUGUCGACCAGCCAGGAGGACCAGGAGGGCACGGGUGGCCGCAAGCCCAGCUUCAACUUCAGCCAGCCGUACCCCGAGGAGGCUGCAGCGGUGGCCUUGGUGCACGGACAGCGCCAGCAGGACGAGGAGGUGGACGAGGGCUUUGAAGCGGACGACGACGCUUUCAAGGACUCGCCCAACGCCAGCGAGCACGGCCACUCGGACCAGCGCACCAGCGGCAUCAGGACCAGCGACGAGUCGUCCGAGGAGGACCCGUACAUGAACGACACGGUGGUCCCCACCAGCCCUGGUGCGCACAGUGAUGGGCUCCUGGCUGCGUCAGACUCCUCCAGUGCCGAGUCCACUUACUGCCUCCCGCAGGGUCCCGGGAGCCCCCCGUCCCCCGAAGGUGAUGAUGACUAUGACCAGGAUGACUAUGAGGAUGGCGCGGCCACUUCGGGCAGCAGCGUCACCUGCUCCAACUCCUACGGCAGCCAGUGGGGCCCUGACUACCGCUGCUCUGUGGGUACUUACAACAGCUCCAGUGCCUACAGGUUCAGCUCGGAAGGGGCGCAGUCCUCGUUUGAGGACAGUGAGGAGGACUUCGACUCACGCUUCGACACAGAUGAUGAGCUGUCGUACCGGCGGGACUCCGUGUACAGCUGCGUCACACUGCCCUACUUCCACAGCUUCCUCUACAUGAAAGGUGGCUUGAUGAACUCCUGGAAGCGCCGCUGGUGUGUCCUCAAGGACGAGACAUUCCUGUGGUUCCGCUCCAAGCAGGAGGCCCUCAAGCAGGGCUGGCUGCACAAGAAAGGCGGCGGCUCGUCCACGCUGUCCCGCAGGAACUGGAAGAGGCGCUGGUUCGUCCUGCGCCAGUCCAAGCUGAUGUACUUCGAGAACGACAGCGAGGAGAAGCUCAAGGGCACCGUGGAAGUCCGGGCCGCCAAAGAAAUCGUAGAUAACACCAGCAAGGAGAACGGGAUCGACAUCAUCCUGGCUGACAGGACCUUCCACCUGAUUGCAGAGUCCCCGGAAGAUGCCAGCCAAUGGUUCAGCGUCCUGAGUCAGGUCCACGCCUCCACGGACCAGGAGAUCCGGGAGAUGCACGAUGAGCAGGCAAACCCACAAAAUGCAGUGGGGACUUUGGAUGUGGGACUUAUCGAUUCCGUGUGUGCCUCGGAUAGCCCUGACCGACCCAAUUCUUUCGUGAUCAUCACGGCCAACCGCGUCCUGCACUGGAACGCAGAUACGCCGGAAGAGAUGCACCAUUGGAUCACCCUGCUGCAGAGGUCCAAAGGGGACACCCGAGUGGAAGGCCAAGAGUUCAUCGUGAGAGGGUGGCUGCACAAAGAGGUCAAGAACAGCCCCAAAAUGUCUUCGCUGAAGCUGAAGAAGCGGUGGUUCGUGCUCACACACAACUCCCUGGAUUAUUACAAGAGCUCGGAGAAGAACGCCUUAAAGCUGGGCACCCUGGUCCUCAACAGUCUCUGCUCUGUGGUCCCCCCAGAUGAGAAGAUAUUCAAGGAGACAGGGUAUUGGAACGUUACGGUGUAUGGUCGCAAGCAUUGCUAUCGGCUCUAUACCAAAUUGCUCAAUGAGGCCACCCGCUGGUCCAGUGCCAUCCAAAAUGUGACGGACACCAAGGCUCCGAUCGACACCCCCACCCAGCAGCUGAUUCAAGAUAUCAAGGAAAACUGCCUGAACCUGGAUGUGGUGGAGCAGAUCUACAAGCGGAAUCCCAUCCUUCGACACACCCAGCACCCCCUGCACUCACCGCUGCUCCCCCUACCUUAUGGAGACAUCAACCUCAACUUGCUCAAGGACAAAGGCUACACCACACUGCAGGAUGAAGCCAUCAAGAUCUUCCACUCCCUGCAGCAGCUGGAGUCCAUGUCCGACCCCAUCCCCAUCAUCCAGGGCAUCCUGCAGACGGGCCACGACCUGCGCCCACUGCGUGACGAGCUCUACUGCCAGCUCAUCAAACAGACCAACAAAGUGCCACACCCGGGCAGUCCUGGCAACCUGUAUAGCUGGCAGAUCCUCACAUGCCUCAGCUGUGCCUUCCUGCCUAGCCGGGGCAUCCUCAAGUACCUCAAGUUCCACCUGAAGAGGAUCCGGGACCAGUUCCCCGGCACUGAGAUGGAGAAAUACGCCCUGUUCAUUUACGAGUCGCUCAAGAAGACCAAGUGCCGCGAGUUCGUGCCCUCCCGGGAAGAGCUAGAGGCGCUGGUCCACAGGCAGGAGAUGACGUCCACAGUAUACUGCCAUGGUGGGGGCUCCUGCAGGAUCACCAUUAACUCCCACACCACGGCCGGAGAGGUGGUGGAGAAGCUGAUCCGAGGCCUGGCUAUGGAGGACAGCAGGAACAUGUUCGCCUUGUUUGAACACAACGGCCAUGUGGACAAAGCCAUCGAGAGCCGCACCAUCGUGGCCGAUGUCUUGGCCAAGUUUGAAAAGCUGGCGGCCACAUCCGAGGGGGGAGAACUGCCCUGGAAAUUCUACUUCAAACUUUACUGCUUCCUCGACACUGACCAUGUGCCAAAAGACAGCGUGGAAUUUGCUUUCAUGUUUGAGCAGGCCCACGAGGCAGUGAUCCAGGGCCACUAUCCAGCCCCCGAAGAGAACCUCCAAGUCCUGGCUGCCCUCCGGCUGCAAUACCUGCUAGGGGACCAUUCCCCGCACACCACCGUGCCACCGCUGGAGGAGGUCUACGCGGUGCACAGGCUCAAGGCCCGCAUCAGCCAGUCCACCAGGCCCUUCGCGCCCUGCGAGCGGCUGGAGAAGCGCAGGACCAGCUUCCUGGAGGGCACCCUGAGGCGAAGCUUCCGGCCUGUGCCGGCCCUGCGACCCAAGGCUGAGGAAGAGCAGAUGCUGGACAUGUGGGUUAAGGAAGAGGUGACCUCCGUACGCGCCAGUGUUUUGGACAAGUGGAAGAAAUUCCAGGGCAUGAAGCAGGAGCAGGCCAUGGCCAAGUACAUGGCCCUGAUCAAGGAGUGGCCAGGCUAUGGGUCGACGCUAUUUGAUGUGGAGUGCAAGGAAGGCGGCUUCCCGCAAGAGCUGUGGCUGGGUGUCAGCGCAGACGCCGUCUCUGUGUAUAAGCGUGGGGAAGCCAGGCCUCUGGAGGUGUUCCAGUACGAGCACAUCCUCUCCUUCGGGGCGCCCCUAGCAAACACAUACAAGAUCGUCGUGGACGAGAGGGAGCUGCUCUUUGAGACCAGUGAGGUGGUGGAUGUGGCCAAGCUCAUGAAGGCCUACAUCAGCAUGAUCGUGAAGAAGCGCUACAGCACCUCACGCUCUGUCAGCAGCCAGGGCAGCUCCAGGUGAAGGGAGCCCCGCUCGCCACUUCUGCAGGGUCCGAAACCUCGGGGGACAAGCCAGGCCGUGGCCAGAGCACCACUGCCAGGCCCUUCUGGAAUCCCCUCACCAAGGACAGAGGCUUCGCAGGCCCUCCCCUUGGUCACCUGGACCGAGUGAUCUCCUACUAAGCUGGCAACUGAGCUCGACUUGGAAAGCUUUAUUACCCUCCCCUGCCCCCUGCCUUAAGGAAAGCAAGCAGUGCCACCACUGCCACCAAAGCUGCCAUUCUGUGCCUUACCUUACCUCCUGGGCCCGCGCAUCGACCUUAAUAACUGUGCUACUGAAAGCAAGAGGUUCUCCCCUGCUUCUGGGGGAGGGUGGGGGUGGAGGGGUGUGUGUCUGUCUGUCCGAGAUGCACUAACCCUCUUUCCUGAUUGCCCGAUGAUAACAAUGAUGAUGGUUAUGUUGUCUCGGGAGAGUGAGGGAGAGGGGAGAGGACAGAGGGAGCCCCACGGGUGGAAGUGGGGGCAGGUUAUUUGAGCUGGGGAGCUGCUGGCAGCCUUCCUGCAGACACGUUUUCACUUUCUUCUUAUCUUUUUGCCUCUCGGAAGUCUCUGGGCUUGGCCUGGGCACCUCACGCUAAUGAAGACUUGGCGUCCUGAGCAUCGUCCUGGAAGGGAAUCAAGAAUGUACAGUGGGGUCCCCCAAGGUUUAUCUCUGAAGCGUUUGAGCACCCUGGCAGGGUGUCAUUUAAGCAUGAGGCUUCUAUUCCUUUCCAAGGUGGUUUCAGUAAAACAGGCCUGAAGCCCGUCUCCUUCCGGGCAUCAGCAAUUCUGCAGAAACCCCUCUCAUCCUAUUUUCCACGUAGCCAAGUCUGCACUCUGUGUCUCUGCUGUAUUCGAGACAGACCGGCAGGCAGCCUGUAUUUAUAAGUGGUUCUUGAGCAGCUGGUUUCAGGGCCGUGUGGAGAUACUCCUGACAGUCAUUGCUUGCUCAGAGAUCUAAGUUUUAAAGAAAAAAAAAGUGUCUUUAGAGGUUCCAAGGGACCGUGUCGGGUAACUGGCAAUAAAAUCCCACUUGAAGGUAAAUUAAGAGACUUCUGAUGUCGUGCACAGAGAACCUUUCAGGAACCCCGGUAUUAAAUGCUGAGACACGGGAUAUCUCUGAUCCUGACUUUCGAAGAGUAGCCCGUCCGCACAAGGCACCUGUAAAUAAAUCUGCGUUUAUGGCCAGAGAUCCAAAGCAUCUGGUCAUGGACUUUUUAUUUUUAUAUGGAAAAGUUGUAAAGACUUCGGGCCGCUCUGUCCAUUCACAGAGCAGAGAGAAAUUUGAAAGUUGCCUUAUUCCAAGUUCAACAGCCAUACACAUUGUUUGUGGGCUCAAAUCAAGCCUGGCAAUAAAAGAUAUUAGCAAA